GCUCCCUCCCCGUCUCCCUGCAGAGAGUCUGCAGUGUGCUGCCAGUCUGUGAGCUGGAGAGACACUCAGGCAACACAGGCAAGAAACUCUUUGAAAACAAACUUUAUUUGCAACUUCUUUUUCCUUCACAGUGGAUGCAAGAACUACUUUUAUCUUCCUCAUUUCCUCUAAAGGGGGAACCUUUUUGUUUCUUUUAUUUUUAUCAUCAGAGACUACAAUGCUCCUCUUCUACCUCCUAACUUUUUUUGCCUCCAUCAAAGCCCAAAACCAGCUGCUGCCAGGCUCAUGCAACUUUGAAUCCAACACCUGCGGAUAUACGUCAGAUGCAGACUUUACAAGAUGGGCCCUGCACGAAGAUGGACACUUUGUGGCCGUGGAUGGAGCCAUGAGCGAUAACCUGGAGGACGGCGCGGGGUCAGGCUCCCAACCAAAGAGCGACAUCACAGGGAUUCUGCUGAGUCCGGUUCUGGAGAACGAGGAAUGGAGCUGCCUGAGGCUCGUCUACCAGAUCACAGACUCGGGGAGCCUGGAGGUUCUGCAGCGCACGGAGAGAAAGAGCUUUGACAAACCGCUGUGGAGCAGCCAGACACCCUCCGACAGCUGGGUCAUCUCCAGCAUUGACCUGCAGAACACCGCUGAGCUUUACAGGAUUGUCAUCGAAGGUAAACCUGGGCCGAGUGCUGAGAGCAGCGUGGCCAUCUUUGAGAUUCACAUUAGCCCCGGAUACUGCCUUGAGUGUGAUUUUGAAGAGUCCCACCUGUGCGGUUACAGCAACCAGUGGAACGCAAAUGUGAACUGGUAUGUGGGAGGAGGUGGGGCCCAGCUCCUCCACAACAACAUGCCCAAUGACCACACGUACGACAACAGGACUGGCCACUUUAUGUACGUGGACUCUGGCUACACCAAGACGUUCAAAGAGGUGGCCAAGCUCGUCUCCCCGAUGACGACGGUGCCCAUGUCUGGGUGCCUGAGUUUCCAGUACCAGCGCAGCGAGGACAGAGGAAACCUGUUUGCUGUCUUCACCCGGGACCUCCUGGGCCAGUACCAGGAGCUGUGGAGGCCGGGAUCAGAAGACCAGAACGACUGGAGCGAGGCGGUUGGAGAAUGGAUACCUGUGCAGGUGGACCUGAAGGCUCCUUACUCAGUACAGGUAGUCUUUGAAGUGGCGUUCAACAGCGCCAGAGGUGGACAUGUGGCGAUUGACGACAUUUCCUUUUCUCCAGAGUUUUGCAACACAGACACAGAGCCGACCUUUGACCCCUCUGUUGCCAACUGCAAUUUCGAGUCAGGUUUCUGCCACUAUGAAGAAGACAAGGCGAUGGGGUCGUUGUGGAGGAUAGUGUCCGUGAAGCCCAACAUAUUUAGAAACGGAGACCACACCACUGGAGCAGGAUCCUUCCUGUUGGCUCAUUCCCGUCCGGGGCCGCGCUCUGGCUACGUCAGCCGUGUGAUCGGUCCAACUCUGGCUGGGAACAUGAAGUACUGCCUGAGAUUUUACUUUUCUCUUCGGGGUUUCAACCAGACGGACCAGGCUUUGGCCGUUUAUCUGCUGCAGCAGCAGAGCGGCGGCCAGGAGAAAAUCUGGACCCAGGCAGAGAAAUCCAGAGGGAUCUGGAUCGCUGCAGACAUCACCUUCCAGGUGUCACAGCCCUCCAAGAUGGCUUUCGUCAGCACCUGCAGGAGCUUCUGGGACUGCGGCUCUGUGGCUCUGGACGACAUCACCGUGAGCCUGGGAGACUGUGAGCAGAUGACAGCUUCGCUGUUGCCCCCCCUCCCUGGACGCUGUGACUUUGAAGCAGGGCUGUGUGGCUACACUCAGGACAAACAGAGCGAUGCUGCUGACUGGGAGAGGAGGAGAGGACCCACCCCGACCUCAUACACCGGACCCCGGGGGGACCACACGUUAGGUCUCGGGUAUUACCUGUACAUGGAGGCGUCGCCCAUGCUGCCUGGCCAGAAGGCACGUCUGCAGUCCCGUGUGGUCAGGGGGACCAGGGGCCCUCAGUGUCUGCAGUUCUACUACCACAUGUACGGCUCAGGCACGGGCAAGCUGAGAGUUGUCAUUGACGAGGGAGGAGAGGAUGUGUUGCUGUGGCAACAGAGCGGUGAGCAGAGCAUCGCCUGGCUGAAGGCCCAAGUGGAGUACCAGUGGGACAAACAGCAUAAGAUUGUGUUUGAGGCUAUCAGGGGCUCUUCAGUGAGGAGCGACAUUGCUAUUGACGACAUAGUCUUGGAAGGCGGACCUUGCCCAGACACAAAGCUCAAGGUCACCACAGGAUCCUCCAAUGAGAUUGUGUAGACAAGUAAAUGGAAACAAUCGGCUGUGUAGGAUGCAUGACUCUCCCCACACAUGCUUUACUUGUUUUUUGUUGUUUUUUUUCUUUGCACAUUACAAAAAACCUUAAGCUCUUGACUCCUGCAUGUCAGUUUGGACAUGUGUAUAAAGGGAAAAUAUUCCACGUAGCUGUGUUUCCAUGGGACGACACGUCAGUUGUCACAGUUAGCAUUUCUCUUUGCACCGUAGCAACAGAGGGCGUGUUAAACUGUGUUUUCCUCCACAAUUAUAUGCAUUAGAUUAAUGCUCAUUGCUUGAAAAAAGCAAGAAUGUUCUUAAACGUAAAUUCUCUUCUUAUUGUCAUGAUGACCGAUUAAUUCAGAGGCAGGAUGUGCUCAGUUUUAUCACCUACAUGGAAAACAGCACAGUCAAACAGAAAUUACUUAAAACUUAAUGUUAUUUUCCUUUUCUUUUCUUUUUGUAUAGUAAAAAUGUAUGAUUGAUAAACAUUUACAUGUAGGUCCAUGUGCCUUGGACAAAUGUUUAAAUAAAGUUUAACCAAAGGUA